CAGAAUUCACUCAGGGACAGAAUCCCCACCUCUUCUUCGGGGAGUCUUAAAGGGAAGCAAAGAGAAAGAUGUUUGUGAACUGCAGGGCUUCUCAGCCUUGACUGUGCCCGUGCGCACUGCCCGUCUGGGAGAAAGAGCGCUCGGACCCAAGCUUCCCCCAGGCGGAGGAAUCCAGGAUGGAGAGAGGGGCAGAGCCCUGGAGUUGGGUACUGGAGACCUCUAGUGCCAGAUCCCAUGACUUCCGUCCAGGUGUGGGGCUGAGAAGGGAGGGUCCCCGCCCCAGGUCCCAGCAGGGUCUCUCUUCUCGCUGCCCUGGCCAGAAUCCUGCCCCAGAAGCAGCUGGCACUUCCACACCGGGGAUGCGGCGCUCAGUCCUGGUCCGGAACCCAGGCCACAAAGGCCGGAGACCUGCUUACGAAGAACUGGACUCAGACUCAGAGGACCUGGACCCCAAACCCGGAGAGCUAGACCCAGUUACGGAAGCCCCAGAUCCUGACCUGGAAGACCUCAACACUGUCUCCGAAGAUGCGGACCCCGGCUAUGAAGAUCUGGGGCCCAUCUCCAGCGAUCUGGACCCCAGUGCAGAGGCUCCAAGCUCCAUCUUGGGGCCCCGUGACAUGGAUCCCCAAGAUCUUGACCCCAUGUCUUCGAGUUUCGAUCUCGAUCCAGACGUCAUUGGCCCUGUCCCCCUGGUUCUCGACCCUAACAGCGACACCCUCAGCCCUCCAGAAACCCCAGACCUGGACCCCCUUUCUUCCAGCCUCACUGCCACCCCGGAAGGCCUGGCCGCCAGCCAGGCGGUGCUCCCUGCACCUGCCAGUCCUCCCCGGCCCUUCUCCUGCCCAGAUUGCGGGCGAGCCUUCCGUCGCAGUUCCGGGCUGAGCCAGCACCGCCGCACUCACAGUGGUGAGAAGCCCUACCGCUGCCCCGACUGCGGCAAGUCCUUCAGCCAUGGCGCCACACUGGCCCAGCACCGAGGCAUCCACACAGGUGCACGACCCUACCAGUGCGCUGCAUGUGGCAAAGCCUUUGGCUGGCGCUCCACACUGCUGAAGCACCGCAGCAGCCACAGCGGCGAGAAGCCCCACCACUGCCCCGUGUGUGGCAAGGCCUUCGGGCACGGCUCCCUGCUGGCGCAGCACCUGCGCACGCAUGGCGGCCCACGGCCACACAAGUGUCCAGUGUGCGCCAAGGGUUUUGGGCAGGGCUCGGCGCUACUGAAGCACCUACGCACCCACACAGGCGAGCGGCCCUACCCGUGCCCGCAGUGCGGCAAGGCCUUCGGGCAGAGCUCGGCACUGCUGCAGCACCAGCGCACGCACACUGCGGAGCGCCCCUACCGCUGUCCCCACUGCGGCAAGGCCUUUGGCCAGAGCUCCAACUUGCAGCAUCACCUGCGCAUCCACACUGGCGAGCGGCCUUACGCCUGUCCCCACUGCUCCAAGGCCUUCGGGCAGAGCUCAGCAUUGCUGCAGCACCUGCAUGUGCAUUCUGGAGAGCGCCCCUACCGCUGCCAGCUCUGCGGCAAGGCCUUCGGCCAAGCCUCCAGCCUCACCAAGCACAAACGGGUGCAUGAGGGUGCAGCUGCGGCAGCUGCAGCAGCCACAGCCGCUGCUGCUGGUCUGGGCCUCAGUCCUGCUUCAGUGUUGCGGUCCGGGCAGGUCUCCCUCCUGGGUCCUGAUGCUGUCUCUGUACUUGGCUCUGGUCUGGGCCCUGACCCUGGCUCUUUGCUGGGCUCCCUCUCAAGUCCCAGCCCCAAGCCUGGCGUUGGCUCUGGAUCUGUCCCCAACCCCGAUCCUGUCAAGUAUUCUGACCCUAAACCUGGUCACGAUGCCAGUCCUGACCUUGUGGCCAGCCCUGACCAUGGAUCUGGUCACAGCCCAGACCUAGAUCCUGUGCCCAGCCCUGUCCCCAACCCCGAGUCCCGCCCUGACCCCAGCUCUCCCUCCCAUGAGAGUCUGACCCUCCCUGCCUGUGAGAGUCCUGAGUGGGUGCAGGAACAAGGGGCGCUGCUGGGGCCCGACGGCUGAAGGGGACACUGCUACCCAUGGAGGCCUGGGGAAGUUGUGUGUUGUGCAGUUAGUAAAACCCUCCCACUGCCUUCUG